AUGACUGAAGAGUCAGAGGAGACGGUCCUGUACAUUGAGCAUCGCUUUGUCUGCUCUGAAUGCAACCAACUCUAUGGAUCCCUGGAGGAGGUGCUCAUGCACCAGAGUUCCCAUGUGCCCCAGCAUCACUUUGAGCUCGUGAGCGUGGCUGACCCUGGAGUCACUAUGGCCACAGAGGCAGCUUCUGGCGCAGGCCUCUAUCAGACGGUCGUGCAAGAGAGCCAGUACCAGUGCCUGGAAUGUGGGCAGCUGCUGAUGUCCCCUAGCCAGCUUCUGGAGCACCAGGAGUUGCACUUAAAAAUGAUGGCGCCUCAGGAGGUAGUGCCAACUGAGUCGCCACCCAAGGUACCUUCCCUGAGCUCCAGUACCAUCCACUAUGAGUGUGUUGAUUGCAAGGCUCUCUUCGCCAGCCAGGAGCUCUGGCUGAACCAUCGGCAGACGCACCUCCGGGCCACUCCCACCAAGCCUCCAGCCCCGGUUGUCCUAGGAUCCCCCAUGGGCCAGGCCCGUGUGGCCGUGGAGCACUCAUAUCGCAAAGCGGAAGAGGGUGGGGAAGGGGCAGCUGUCCCUUCCGCUGCUGCCACCACUACUGAGGUGGUAACUGAGGUGGAACUGCUGCUCUACAAGUGCUCUGAGUGCUCCCAGCUCUUCCAGUCGCCAGCUGACUUUCUGGAGCACCAAGCCACCCACUUCCCUGUUCCUGCACCAGAGUCUGAGGAGCCUGUCUUGCAGCAGGAGACCCUGACCCCAUCGCCUGCAGAGGCGCCUGUGACUCAGCCUGAUCCCCUGCCAUCCUCUGACCAUAGUUACGAACUGCGCAAUGGUGAAGCCAUUGGGCGUGAUCGGCGGGGGCGCAAGGCCCGGAGGAACAACAGUGGAGAGCCAGAUGGGACAGCCACCCAGGAGCUCUUUUGCUCAGCUUGUGAUCAGCUCUUUCUUUCACCUCACCAGCUACAGCAGCACCUGCGGAGUCACCGGGAGGGUAUCUUCAAGUGCCCCCUGUGUAGUCGUGUCUUUCCCAGCCCUUCCAGUCUAGACCAGCACCUUGGAGAUCACAGUAGCGAGUCUCACUUCCUUUGUGUGGACUGUGGCCUGGCCUUUGGCACGGAGGCUCUCCUUCUGGCCCACCGACGAGCUCACACCCCGAAUCCUCUGCAUUCAUGUCCAUGUGGAAAGAACUUUGUCAACCUCACCAAGUUCCUUUAUCACCGGCGUACCCAUGGGGUGGGGGGUGUUCCUCUACCCACAACACCAGUCCUACCAGAGGAGCCUAUCAUUAGUUUCUCUGAGCCAGCUCCAGCCGAGAUUGGAGAGCCAGAAGCUCCGGAGCCCCCGUCUGAGGAGAGCUCAGCAGAACCCGCUGCCCCAGGUACCUACCGCUGCCUCCUUUGCAGCCGUGAAUUUGGCAAGGCAUUACAGCUCACCAGGCACCAACGUUUUGUGCACCGACUAGAACGGCGCCACAAGUGUGGCAUUUGCGGCAAGAUGUUCAAGAAAAAGUCUCAUGUGCGCAACCACCUGCGCACACACACGGGUGAACGGCCCUUCCCCUGCCCAGACUGCUCUAAACCUUUCAACUCGCCUGCCAACCUGGCCCGCCAUAGGCUCACGCACACAGGGGAGCGGCCCUACCGGUGUGGGGACUGUGGCAAAGCUUUCACCCAAAGCUCUACCCUGAGGCAGCACCGCCUGGUGCAUGCCCAACACUUCCCCUACCGCUGCCAGGAGUGUGGAGUGCGUUUUCACCGCCCCUACCGCUUGCUCAUGCACCGCUACCACCACACUGGCGAAUAUCCCUACAAAUGUCGCGAGUGCCCCCGCUCCUUCCUGUUGCGCCGGCUGCUGGAGGUGCACCAGCUUGUUGCCCAUGCUGGGCGCCAGCCACACCGCUGCCCAUCCUGUGGGGCUGCCUUCCCUUCCUCGCUGCGGCUCCGUGAGCACCGCUGUGCAGCUGCUGCUGCCCAGGGCCCACGGCGCUUUGAGUGUGGCACCUGUGGCAAGAAAGUGGGCUCAGCUGCUCGGCUACAAGCACAUGAGGCGGCCCACGCAGCUGCUGGGCCUGGAGAGGUCCUGGCUAAGGAGCCACCAGCCCCCAGGGCCCCUCGAGCCACUCGCACACCAGUUGCCCCCCCAACAACCCUUGCAGGCACUGCUGCCUCGGCCUCUGCGGCCCCUGCCCGACGCCGGGGCUUGGAAUGCAGCGAAUGCAAGAAGCUGUUUAGCACAGAGACAUCACUGCAAGUGCACCGGCGCAUCCACACAGGUGAGCGGCCAUACCCAUGUCCAGACUGUGGCAAGGCCUUCCGUCAGAGUACCCACCUGAAGGACCACCGGCGCCUGCACACAGGUGAGCGGCCCUUUGCCUGUGAAGUGUGUGGCAAGGCCUUUGCCAUCUCCAUGCGCCUGGCAGAACAUCGCCGUAUUCACACGGGUGAAAGGCCCUACUCCUGCCCCGACUGUGGCAAGAGCUACCGCUCCUUCUCUAACCUAUGGAAACACCGCAAGACCCACCAGCAACAGCAUCAGGCAGCUGUGCGGCAACAGCUAGCAGAGGCCGAGGCUGCUGUUGGCCUGGCAGUGAUGGAGACUGCAGUAGAGGCGCUGCCUUUGGUGGAAGCCAUUGAGAUCUACCCUCUGGCUGAGGCUGAGGGAGUCCAGAUCAGUGGCUGA